UUUCUGUGUUGCGGCUCUUAAACAUUGGAGCGCCAAAUUUGAAAGUUCCGCCGUUUUGACGGGAAAGUGUUUCUGUAAGAAUCGGGAUUUAAAUUGGUGACGCUCCAGCUGAAGUAAACUUAAAGCAGGAUGCCACCGGUAACCAAAGGUGAUCCGUCUGAUGUGACUGCACCUCUCCCCUGCUUGCCCAGUGCUGAAGGGGAUGCUAUUAAAGUUUUUGUCCGGAUCCGCCCCCCGGUGGAGGGAACCCUGACUGGAGUAGAUGGGGAACAGGGUUUGUGUCUCACAGCUCUGUCUUCCACUACAAUCCGCCUCCAUUCCAAACCUGAGCCAAAAAUGUUUACAUUCGAUCAUGUUGCAAAUGUGGAUACAACUCAGGAAUCUGUAUUUUCAAGUGUGGCGAAAAAUAUUGUUGAAUCUUGCAUGAAUGGUUACAAUGGCACCAUCUUUGCUUAUGGCCAGACUGGCUCAGGGAAGACAUUCACCAUGCUGGGGCCUUCUGAGUCUGAUAAUUUCACACACAACCUCAGAGGAGUUAUUCCCCGGAGUUUUGAGUACCUAUUUUUCCUAAUUAAUCGUGAAAAAGAAAAGGCUGGGGAAGGCAAAAGCUUUUUGUGUAAGUGUUCUUUUAUUGAGAUUUACAACAAACAGAUAUUUGAUCUAUUGGAUUCAGCUUCAGCAGGACUGUUCCUAAGAGAACAUAUAAAAAAAGGAGUGUUUGUUGUAGGAGCUGUUGAACAGGUGGUAACUUCUGCUGCUGAAGCAUAUCAGGUUCUGUCCAUCGGUUGGCGGAACAGGCGUGUGGCUUCUACCUCAAUGAACAGAGAGUCACCCAGAUCUCAUGCUGUUUUUACUGUCACCAUUGAAUCCAUGGAAAAGACCAAUGAUCUAGUUAACAUCAGAUCCUCCCAGCUCAACCUGGUAGAUUUAGCAGUGUCAGAAAGACAAAAGGACACUCAGACUGAAGGAGUCAGACUAAAGGAGGCUGGAAGCAUAAACCGUUCACUAAGCUGCCUGGGUCAGGUUAUAACAGCCUUGGUGGAUGUGGCAAAUGGGAGGCAGAGGCACAUUUGCUACAGAGACUCCAAACUUACAUUUCUCUUGCGGGAUUCCCUUGGAGGUAAUGCAAAAACCUUCAUCAUUGCAAAUGUUCAUCCUGGAUCGAAAUGCUUUGGACAAACGUUAUCUACCUUGCAGUUUGCACAGCGGGCAAAGUUAAUUAAAAACAAGGCUGUUGUUAAUGAAGACACUCAGGGGAAUGUGAGUCAGCUGCAAGCAGAGGUGAAGAAGCUGAAGGAACAGCUUUCUCAGCUCCUUUCCGGACAGAUGCCAGGGGAUAUUUCUGUUGCCAGAGUGCCCUCUGUUGGUGAUAACAAUAUGGAUUAUAUGAAUAAUUUUUUUGAAGCCAUGAGGAUUCUUGAAAGAUCAGAUCGAGAAAAAAAGGUUCUGCUGCAGAAAGUAGUUCAGUUGGAAGAUCUCUGCAAUAAGAAAGAAAAGUUCAUCCAGUCCAAUAAGAUGAUUGUUAAAUUCAGGGAGGACCACAUUUCUCGUCUUGAGAAGGCUCACAAAGACGGACGGAUUUCAUUAUCCAACAAUGAAAAAGAUGACUUCAUAGCAGAGCUUAAGGAGGAAAUAAGAACUUUAAAGGAACAGGUUGAACACCAUCCACGAGUGGCCAAGUAUGCACUGGAGAAUCACAGUUUAAGAGAAGAGAAUAAGCGCCUCCACUCCCUUCAGUCUGUCAAACGUGCACAAGAAGUCACUGCACAAAUGAUUGCGGAACUUGAAAAAGCUUUCCUGGAGGCAUCUGUAUCUGAAAAGGACAGGCAAGUUGCACCAAUGCACUCCACUCCUAUACAGUUGGACAACAACUCCUUGAUGUCCGCAGCAAGAAUGAGAGAACGAAUGCUGCAACUUGAGAGUGAACUGGCAACAUCAAAGCAAGAAUAUGAGGAGUUCAAAGAACUGACCAAAAAAAAACAGGUUGAACAAGAAUCAGAGCUUCAGUCCCUCAUAAAGUCCAAUCAGCAUCUUGAAAAUAUUCUAGAGGCUAUUAAAGCUAACAAGAGGCAUGAGGUCUCACAGCUGAAUCAAAUGCAUGCUGAAACAAUAAAGGUGGAACAAGUAACUGCUCUUCAAGCUAAACUUGAUGAGGAGGAUGGUAAAAAUAUAAGGCUUCAACAGCAGGUUAAUAAACUGGAACUUUGCUCUACACAGAUUCAAGAGCUGUUUAACUCUGAACGAUCCAACUGGAAUAAAGAGCAACAAGACCUUAUAGCACAGAUUAAAUCACUUCAAAAGCAAGACAACAAAAGCCAGGAAGAUGUUUUGAAGAGUGAGGUACAUGACCUGAGAGUGGUGCUUCAGUCUGCAGACAGGGAGCUGGGAGCAGUGAAGGGAGAGUACAGAUUAUACAGAGAAAAACAAGAGAAGGAACUGAGCCAGUUGUCUGCCAGGCACAUGGAUGUCCAACUGCAACUGGAUAAUGUCAGAUUAGAGCAUGAAACCCUACUAGAAGAGAAGCGUUCACUUCAGGAUGCCUUUGAUAAUCUGGAGGAAGUUAUGAAAUUUGAAAUCGACCAACUAAAACAGGAGAUCUCUGACAGUAAACAUGAAAAUGAAACCCUAAGAGCUGAACUUAGUAAUCUUUUGGAGCUGCUAGAAACAGAAAAAGAAAGGAGACAAAAGCUCACGUCAAAGUUGGAGGAAGACAAAGAAAACAAGACAAAAGAGCUGUUACAAGUUGUGGAUGAAAAUAUGCAUCUUAGAAAGCAGUGCUCAGAGCUGAUGACAAAGUGUGAGCAGCAGGUUACAGAGCUUCAUGGACUGGAGCACAGCUUGACCUCUUCCGAAGAAAUGAUAGCAGACUUGGAAAAGAAAAACACAGCAGACAAGGAAGUUGUGGCUGAUCUUAUGAACCAGAUUCAAGUGCACAGAACAACUAUUAUUCACAAGACAGAGUCUAUAGACUUGCUGACAAGGGAGCUUGAAGAUAUUCAUAGCAAAUACAGCAUUGUUUUGUUGGCCAAAGAGGAGAGUAAAACUGUAAUUGAAGAGCAAGAGAAGCAGAUUGAGGAGCUAAGAGAGUGCCUGGAAAGAAAGCAGUCUGCUGAUAACAUUGAGAAAGAACUAUUAUGUGAUGACUUGGCUCAUGCAACUGAAGAGUUGGGGAAACUUACAGAAGCUUUUAACAAGCAGGAAGCCCUGCUGCACACUCAUGAAAAAGAAUUAGUUGAAAAAGAACAGCAAAUCUCAGAACUAACCAACCAGGUUAAACUAAUGACAGACCUUGAAAUCUCAAGAGAGCAAGAGAAAAUAAGGCCUGCAAGCAGCAAUAGUAGUUCUCCUGUAGUCUUACCAAAGACGCCCAGAACACCAGUGGGAAAUCCAUACGACUCUGAAAUUGCAAAUCUCCAGAAAAGAAACACGAACUUAGAAAUUCUUGUGUCUGAACUUAAUGAGGAAAGAACUUCUAAGAAUGAAGAAAUCAUAAGACUUAAGAUGCAGUUGUGUGAAACCGAGAACAUGCAACUAGAGAUACAGAACUUACAGGGCAUGUGCAAAGAGCUUAAAAGCCAACUGGAAAACUGUAAUAACGUCAUGAAAGACCAUGCGUUGGAAGAGACACGAAACAUUCUUUGCACUAAAGACCAUUCUCUUAAUGAGCUAAGCAAGGAAAUAGAGAGAACAAGAUCUUUAGAAGCAAAGGCCUUCACAGAAAAAGAAGAGAUCAGAUCCAUCUUAGAAGGGAAAUAUGAGGAGACAGAAAAGCUUUCACACGAGCUUGAUAUGUUAAGAAAGCAAGUCUUAUUCCUUGCUGAAGAAAAUGGCAAAAUUCGUGGUCACCAGAAUCCAAAUCAGAAGAUCCAGUACCUUGUAAAACUUAAGAAAGAGAAUAACAAACUUUUGGAGGAAGCAGAAAAACUGCGCAUUGAGAAUCUUUUCCUCAAAGAAUCAAAAAAGUGUGAACACUGCAAUUGAUAUGUUGAGAGAAAAUUCUAUAUAUCCUAAGCAUUUUCAUGACGCACAGAGCAGGCAAAGUGAAUGUAUAGCUAAUUUAUGGUCUGCAGAUAUUGCUAAAUUCAACUUUCACCAUCUGUGUCCAUAAGGUACACCACAGAAUAUCAUGACUUUAUGGUAAAACCGACAUACAUAGUAAUGCCUGUCCAAUUUAAUUCAAGGCUAUGAUUUGUUCAGUAUAAAGGUCCAUUUACUAAGCUUGGAGCAAGCAAAUGGAGGUAACGUUUUUCAACAUAUUCUACACAUAUCACUGUAAGAUGAAAGUAGAGAGCUAGCUCCUUUUUUGCAUUGCUUUGUUUUUCAGAGUAACACCAUAUACUACACUCCGGUCUCCAUAGAUAUAGCUGGCAAUAACAUUCAACAAAUCAUAAACAUUUAGAAUGUCCUAGGUGUUCUUUUUUUUCUUCAGUGUCUGUUUACAAAGUACCCUUUCCUGUUUGUAUAAAGAUGGCAGCUGCUACCUGUUUUCCUUUGUAGAAACGUAUUUGUUGUAAAUUGUUUGUUUGUGUUUCUAAAGUGCAUGUAUAUUUUCAUAUAACUGUCUCAGACAUCUAUAGAAGAGAAUUAGCUAUUCCCAUGCUUAGACUAAAGGGAAUAUAUUAUACGUAAUUUUAAAUAUGAAUCUGUUACUAGUAAGAAGAGGUUUUUGAUUGACAAUAAAUCUUACAUUGUACAUUAAAUAGCUUUUGGGAUAUGCAGCUAAGAUGCACGCUUCAGCAAGAACCAUAAUUUCAAAAUAAAAAUGUUUCUCAAAC